GUUUACUGCUCGCCUACAGUGGUUAUGAUAGUAUUGGAGGGAAUGAUGCAAAUGCAACAGUAUCUGCUGCUUUGAUUUCCAAUAUUUGGGAAACUUUCGAGAGACAAGGAGUUCGAGAAAAUUUGACGGAGAUGCUAGUGGAAUGCGAAAAUGGGGUGAUUGCCGUCACACGCAUAGCCAAUAUGCUUCUGGCAAUAAAAGCAGGGGGUGAAAUGCCACUUGGUCUGCUUCGAGCGAAACUUCGUGCACUUGCCGACUAUCUUUAUACACCAUUAACUAUUGUUUCUUCCAAAGAUUAG